CAAGUAGUUAACUCCUGUGUGAAAAAUUUGCGAGACUCCUGAGUGAAACAGCACAUCCUAGUCCCUAAAGGAAUCCUUUUGAUUUACCCUGCUUGUGCUUCUCUACAUGAAUCUACCCAAGAUUUUGUGUGUGUGUGUGUGUGUGUGGCGUGGGGGGGGGGGCUUAAAGAGAAACGCCAAUACUAUUGUAUCUCACCAACUUUGUGCAUUUGUUGUGCAGCCCAAUCUUGUGCCCAUUUAGUCACUUGAUGCUACUCUCAUGUAAGUGCAACCAUACAAAAUUAAGAAAGGUCUUGAACUGUUUUGUGCACCUGCAAAGAGAGGUGAAUACCUAUUUGUAACAGCAACUCUAACGGAAGAGAAUGAGACUUCUGCAUCAAAGUCACUCCAUUGCCUCUGCCCAUGAAUUAUGAUGAACUUCUCAGCACAUAGCAAAACCUUAACUGCUAAAGCCACUGCGAUGUUACUAAACAAAGGUGAGUAUUAAAGUAGUACAACCCAGCUGAGACAAGCUUAAAUACUAGAGUUCCUACUUUUCCUUUUGCAACAACUUGGUUCAACCCCUGGGUGUGUCCCAAUACAUGUAAAUUUGCACAAUCUGUGCAGUGGAGCCUACAUUGCUCACACAAUUGCGUCAGACCUGUGCAAACAAAUGACACUUCUGGAAGCACCGAACUAGACUAUUUAAGGGGCAGCAUUUAAAGGCUCAGCUACAACAUCGAGGCUGCAUUCUCUGUAUACAGCAGGAAUUUGCACUUCAUCUAAAAGGUAGGACAUGAUUUCUUAGAGAAACUACAACUCCAGGAAUAGAGGAAUGAUGCAGUUGGUAAUAUGUUUCUUCAGUUAUUUAAGUACUCGGGGUUUCUCUCAGACUGUACUGUUUCUCUUAGAAAUUGUAUGAAAAAAUCAACUGUGUUCUUUAAAAUUGUGGGUGGCAGUUCGAUGUGUAUCUCUUCUUCAAAUGGUGCCUUUCUUAAAUUUUGAGUAAUGUGCAUGAUGUCCCCUGAUUGUGUUAAUCAUGGGCUCUAAGACUGGAGUUUUAGGUUGAUUUCAACAAGUAUUCUUACUUACAGUUAGCCUGUGCUAUACUUUAAAGCACAUUAUAGUCACUUUUGUGUAAAGGACAGGGCUUUGGAUUCUUUUUGCAGUUCCAAUGCAGGAAUUGGGAAGAAUUGCCAUUUGAUUUCAAUCCAGUUCCCACAAAGUAUGCAAUCAUAUACAUAUCCAUUGAGUUCAACAGAACUUUCUCAUGAGUAAGUGUGUAUAAGAUUGCAGCUGUUAUGAGCUGAGAGAUUGCCCAUAAAUGUUGUGUCAUUUUGGUAGCAGUUCUGACACCUUUUAAAAUUCCUCACUUACAAUUUGUUAGUACGGAAGAUAUUGGAAGCAGGAUAAAGCACUGCUACUGUGCAACUUUCCUUCUUUCUUACAAUCAUCCUGGCUUCAGAGUCCAUAAUGAAUGAUGUGCUGUAACAUUUUGAAAGUUUCAGGAGCUUGGUGAUUUUAGCAUGAAAUGGAUAAUCAACACAAUCCAGAAGAAUUUAACCAUUGCUGAAUAGACAAAUGAUUCUCCCAUUUGCUGGAUUAGACAGAUUACUCUCCCAUUAAAAUUGGUUGGGCAUAUACACAGUUAACAUUAGAUGGGUCAUGAUAUGAUUUCUCAGUUGUAUAUGAAUGUAUACCGCAUUGCUUGAAGUAUGGGUAUUUAAUAAACAUAUCAAAUUUGGGGGAGGGGAGGUUGUAAUAAAACCAAAUACUUUAUAUUUCUUCUCCCAUUCCCUUGCAUGUUCUCACACACAUUCUGAGACAGUUUCUCUUCUUCACAACCUUAUACAUGCAUAAUAUAAACAUCAAUUGUAUAUUCCAUAUAUGUGUUGAAGGUGUUGGAUUAAGGACACAUUCUUAAAAUUAUAACACAGAUCAAUUUUUUCCUCAUGUUGCUCUACGCACAGUGAGGCUUGUGGCAUUUUUUGCUCUAGUGAAUGAAAUGAUUCUGUAACCUAACUAGCGUGGAUUCUGCUCCUGAGAAAUUAACACAAUGGGAUGUGGAAUCUUGGAGUGUUGCAUACCAUUGUUAUCCAUACAGAAAUUAUCUGGGAAGAAAGUCAACCCCACUGAUGUUACUCCUAUGUAGAAAGUAUACACUUAGAAAUAACUACCACAUAGAUGGCAAAAACAACCCUUUUCCAUCUUCUCUCAACAGAACAGUGCUCAUUCCUUCCUAAAAAAAAAAACAUGAAAAGCUGCUGCCCACCCCAAACAGUUAAUUUUUUUGUUUGUUUGUUUAAAAACUCGAGGAAGACAGAAAGCAACAUCUAGGCAAGGUGCUGUGGCAAGCAGAAGGCAGAUCUCACUACCUUGCAGUGGGUUGGUAAUUUUUGACCAUUACAGUAUCAAUCAUAGCCAUGAACCUCAGUGGUGUUUCCUUUGUUUAGAUGGAUAUAGUUAACUGCCUCUCUUGUAUAAUUGAAGCUCUAGAGUGUGUCUUGGGAAGCAAAGGCAAUUCCUGUCCCACGUGGCACAGCAGCCUGUUGGGAUUCUGACAGCCUCCUCUCCCUUUCUCUCCCCAGCUAUGUACGGCGGGAUCUGCCUCUGCGUGCUCCUGGCUGUGCUGGCCAUCAGCUCCUCCGGGCAGCACAUAUCAAGAUCCCUCAAUGGCAACUCCUUGGCUGCUGCUAUCGAGCAGAAUUUUCCAGAAAAACACCGGCCUGCCCGUACUCCAGAUUCCAAUCAGCGGGUGGAAAGCAACAUGGAUGAAAAAGCCAAUCUUGGAGUUCUGUUGGCCAGAUACCUCCAGAAAGCCCGAAGAGGUACUAAUGGAAAGCCCCCUGACCCUAAGAAAGAAAGCCAAGACUACUUGGGCUGGAUGGAUUUUGGACGCCGCAGUGCUGAAGAAUAUGAGUACUCUUCUUAAAGAGCAUCAAAUUAGGCUUAAAGGAAAUGAAAAUCAAGUCCCAUUUCUGUACAAAAAUUGCACCAUUUACAAAUCAUUGUUUUUAAAAAAUCUAUGUACUUGAUGUAAAUGUGUCUAAAACUAUACAAUGCAAUAUAUAUUAUAUAAACAUAUGCAUAAUUUUCAAGAAAAAAUAUUCUCUUUCUCCUAUAGUUUCUUAGCACUCACUGAAGACAAAUUAAAAGUGUUUUGCUCAUCACUACAAGUGUUGGUCCAUGUUGAAAUCCACUGCUGAAGAAAAAUACUUUCAAGUCUACCAUACUCUAUUUCUUAAUCUGAACAAUUUUCAAAGAAGUGUAUUUUUUAAAAGUAAUGGGGUUGCAGGCUAUGGAUUUGAUCCAGAUGUAAUCAUACUGAAAGUAGACGCACUGUAAUCAGUGAACUUAGGGUACAAUCCUAUGUAUGUUCUGAUGAAAAAGUUCAAGUGGAAGGGAUGCUGGGGUAGUAAGAACUUUUUCUCUUGAAACGUGCAUAGAAUUGUGCCUUUAGUCACAACUGAUUUCAGUCUUGUGGAUUUGAAUGGAUCUACUCUAAGUAUAACUAAGUUUGGAUCCAACUCAGUCUGUUCAGCUGUUGAGGUGGUAGAUGAGCUUUCUCAUGAAAAGCAUGUUCAGGGUUCCGAGAAUCUAUUUAAAUUCGUGUCAAACAAAUCUCAAGUGCAAUCAUUUUCUUUUGUGAAGCCAAUGUGAAAAUUCUGCUAAAACUAUUAAUUCUGGAAUAAAUGGAACAUCCCUUGGCUCGUGGUGACUCAUACAUUUGUUUUGCAAUGCAAGGUGAACCUCCUUACUGCCACUGCACACAACAGAGCGUGCUAUUAUUUUGCUGUGGUGUGAGGGAAGACAAAUGUAGUAAUUUCAAUAUGAGGAUCAUUAUACAUUGGGAGAAAUCCGGAUGUAAAACAAGCCAAAAUCAAACAAAAUGAUAGAAUAUAUUAUAGGCAUAUUUUUCAGUUUCUCAUUUCAUAAAUGCUUUUGCAAAAGUUGAAUACAUAGUUCUGCUUCUCAAGAGAUCAGUGAAAUGACAUGUAAGAAUGACAAAAUUCAGAGAGAAGAGCAGAAAUGUACUGGGAAUAGAAUUCUACUCCCACAAGGAAAGGAGCUGAAAAGAAGCUCAAACUCUCCAAUAAAGUUGUUCAUUGAGACUGACGGUAUGAGACUAUUUCCAGUUACUGAACUUCUAGCUGAGGCUGUUACAAGAAAGGACCUUACUGUUCUUGAAUGAUGAGUAGCAGAUGGCUAAAAAGAGGGGCUCCUGUACCCCUAAUAGCUGUAGAACAAGUGAGAAGACACUAGGCUUGUGAGAUCUAGUCUGCUUUUCAGUACAACUCUGAGAUUCACAAACCAGAAUCAAAAGCAAGAGACAUACACGUGGAAUUAAUGGAUCCUGAGACCAGAAAUUGUUUCUGACCACCAGGACUGAACACAGCUUUUCAGACAAAAAUCCAUUCUUGCAUGUGUUCUUUCUCUCACUUGGGGACACAAAUACACACACUGCUUCAUUUCAGCAGUAGAUACCUUUCUUCUUUGUUGUUAGAUUGUUAGGCCACUGGGAGUCAGAAAUCUUUACCCUUCUGCUUCAAAGCACACAGCAAUCUUGCUAGGAGUUUCUGUCUACCUUCUGCCCCCUGCCCUCUUGCUACAGAAGGGGGAAUUCAGAAUGUAUCU